UUCCGCUUCGAGAAAGAGAGAGUUCCCCCAGUCACCAGGAAAACAGCACAAAAAACGCGCUAAAGUCGCAAGUUGUCGUUGUCGUUGUCGCCGUCGAAAGUCGAAAGUUGUCGUUGUUGUCGUUGUCGUUCUUGUUGUUGUCGUCGUCGUUGUCGUCGUUGUCGUCGGUUGUUGUCGUUUGUUGUUGGUUUCUUAAACUAUUUUUUGUUGUUGCUGCCGCCGCCGUCCCGCCGCAGCCGCCGCCGCCUCUGCCGCCCCGCCCCCUUUCCGUCUGUCUGUCUGCGUGAGCGUGUGUUGGUGUGUUGUGUCUGUGUCGCGCAUGUGACCGCCUCAGCUAAAAACAAGGCUGAAACUUGAAAACAAAUAUUGGAAAUUGCGAAUGAAAAAGGUGUGCUUGUAAGCCGAAGGAACCGAAUGCAAAUUGCAAACUAAAGUUCGAGGAAACCAGAAACCAAAACAAGGAAGCCAGCCCGUGUCCGUGUCCGUGUCCGUGCGAAGGACCACGUGGGCCUGUGUGCGUGUGUGUGGGUGCGGGGACACCACUACAGCGGCAGGCGAAAUACUUUCUGUGCCAAGGACUUUCUUCGCUCUACCUAUCCCUCUGCCUGCCAGCCUUCGCGGAACAAAGAACAGAUGGAGGAGGAGCGCAGGAAUGAGGCGAUGUGAAGCCAAAGGACAACGAGGACAACAAGGAGCAAAGCCAAGGCAAAGCCGGAGGAGGCCACCAAAAGGAGGAAAACAUACAUUUGAAGAAUUUUAAUCGAAAACUGCCAAGAAACAAAUAUAUUUACAAAUAUAUUUAUAUACCUAGUAAACAAAAACGAACAUACAUUAAUAUAUACUAUAUAUAUAGAGAGAGAGAGAGGAGAAAUAUGUUAUAUUUACUAUGAAAUCGAGGGGCACGAAGGCGAUACCCAGAAUAAUAAUCGAUGUAAAUAAAUGCUGCCAAUUCGAGGACACUGCGAAUUAAAACCGCAACUGAGAUGCAUAAAACGCACAACCACAAUAAGGAAAAUCCGCAACACAUGAAGAAAAAGUUCACUUUUCCCGCGACAGCUGCGCCUGCGCCCUAAAAACCAAAAAAACAGAAAUACCGGCACGGGAUAUAUAUGUAUAUCAGGAAGUAGGAAAGAUUGGAGCCGCCAGAAGGGGAUUAUAUAUAGGGCAGAUCCACCACCGCAGCACAGGCAGAAAAGGCGUGCAGAGGGAAAUGAGAUGAAGUGGUUUCAAGUGACCAUAGAUAUGAUUCUUGUGCUUUCAUUUAUAUCAAGCAGCACAGCGAAUCCGGAUGCCAAACGAUUGUACGACGAUUUGCUGAGCAACUACAACAAACUGGUCCGCCCGGUGGUCAAUGUGACGGACGCCCUCACCGUUCGCAUCAAGCUGAAGCUGUCCCAACUGAUCGAUGUCAACCUGAAGAACCAGAUCAUGACCACCAACCUGUGGGUGGAGCAGUCCUGGUACGACUACAAGCUCAAGUGGGAGCCCAAGGAGUACGGCGGCGUCGAGAUGCUCCACGUGCCCUCCGAUCACAUCUGGCGGCCGGACAUCGUCCUCUACAAUAACGCCGACGGCAACUUUGAGGUGACCUUGGCCACCAAGGCCACGCUGAACUACACGGGACGCGUCGAGUGGCGACCGCCGGCCAUCUACAAGAGCUCCUGCGAGAUCGACGUGGAGUACUUCCCCUUCGACGAGCAGACCUGCGUGAUGAAGUUCGGCAGCUGGACCUACGACGGCUUUCAGGUGGAUCUGCGGCACAUUGACGAGCUGAACGGCACCAAUGUCGUGGAGGUGGGCGUGGAUCUGUCCGAGUUCUACACGUCCGUCGAAUGGGAUAUCCUCGAAGUUCCUGCAGUGCGGAAUGAGAAGUUCUAUACGUGCUGCGAUGAGCCAUAUCUGGACAUCACCUUCAACAUCACGAUGCGCCGCAAGACCCUCUUCUACACGGUCAACCUGAUCAUCCCCUGCAUGGGCAUCAGCUUCCUCACCAUCCUCGUGUUCUACCUGCCAUCGGAUAGUGGCGAAAAGGUCUCAUUAAGCAUAUCCAUUCUGCUGUCGCUCACUGUGUUCUUCCUGCUGCUGGCGGAAAUCAUUCCGCCCACAUCGCUGGUGGUGCCGCUGCUGGGAAAGUUCGUGCUCUUCACCAUGAUACUGGAUACCUUCAGCAUCUGUGUGACGGUGCUGGUGCUGAACAUCCACUUCCGGUCGCCGCAGACCCACACGAUGGCUCCUUGGGUGCGGACCGUGUUCAUCAACCAGCUGCCCCGCUUCCUGGUCAUGCGGCGUCCGCUCUACCCGAUCAGCGAGAUGAUAAAAUCCUCGCGCCGCCUGAUGGUGCGCACCUGCAACGGACUCGAACUAAGGGAUCAAAUACCACCGCUGCCACCGCCGGUGGCCUUGUCUCGUAUGCAUCACAGCCCGAAGACGACAUCGCGGAGCACCUCGCCCCACCUGCAGCACCGCGUGCAGACCUACAACCUGAUGGACGAGUGCGGCAUGGGCAUGGGCGGUGGCCUGGGUGGAGGGGGAGGCGCCUCCACCAUCACCGGCCACCUGAGCUCCCUGUAUCCGCCGACCAUGUCGACGGCCAACCAGCAGACCUCGACCACAUCCUCGCUGAUCGACGCCCAGUACCACAAUCAGUACCAGCAGACGGGUGGCUCGCUGCUGGACCACCCCCUGACGCCCACCAAGUUCCGCCAGAUGACCUCGACCUCCAGCCAGACGGGUCAGAAUGGGAACGGCAGCGGGAACGGCGGUGGCUACGGCGGUGGCCACAACCAGAGUGGGGGUGGGGGCCAUCACCUGUACCGACAGCAGUCGAGCUGCUCGGCAAACUUCUCGCCACUGCCGCAGCACGCCCACCAGGCGCACGCCUCCACCACCACCAGCGAUCUGGGCAUGGCCAAUCCGAAUGUGAUAAAGUCCACGACGACGGUUAACUCGGUGGCCACCGCCUCCACGCUGGCGGACUCCUGCUGCAGCGGCACCAUCCAGAUCCACCAGGGCAUGGGCGCCGGGGCCGCCUGCCAGUCGUCGGAGCUGCUGCACCACCAGCAGUUGCACCACCAGCAGAUGCACCACCAGCAGCAGCAGCCGCACCACCAGCGACCCACCACCUCGGCAGCGGCGGCAGCAGCAGCAGCGGCAGCCGCCGGCGGACCCAGCACCUCGGCAGCGGCGGCUGCGGCGGCGGCGGCAGCAGCGGCCGGAACGCCACCCCCACCGCCUCCGCCGGCGGGCGUCUGUGAUAUUCUGCCCGCCUGCCAGCGCGAAGGCGGGCCGCACUGCUGCUCGGGGCGUGGCAACGUGCGCCAACGGUGGCACACCUGCCCGGAGCUCCACAAGGCCAUGGACGGGGUCACCUACAUCGCGGAUCAGACGCGCAAGGAGGAGGAGAGCACAAGGGUGAAAGAGGACUGGAAGUACGUGGCCAUGGUUCUCGACCGCCUGUUCCUGUGGAUCUUCACAAUAGCCGUGGUCGUCGGCACCGCCGGCAUCAUCCUGCAGGCUCCGACGCUCUACGACACCCGGAUGCCCAUCGACAUAAAGCUAUCGGAGAUCGCCUCGACGACGGCCAAGCCCAAUGUGGCCAGGCCCGUGUUGUAAGCGGAUCGAUAAGUAUCGGUCGAUCGACUGAUCGAUAGCCAGUAUUCCGGAGAACACACACCACACACAGUCUGAAGAAGCCAGCAAAAGCAAACACAAGUAAUGAAUGAAAUUCGCAUUUGUUUUUCUUUAACCAGAGAGACGGGGAAUACAAAAGAAAAAAAAACAAAAAAGUAACCACAAAAACUUGUUCCGAAAAACAACAGAAACGACGACGAGAAUCCAAGUAACUAUAACUAUAAUAAAUUGUAUUUGUUGUAUACAUAAAAGGUAUAACUAACUAUAAAUAAUUUGUACACUAAUGUUUAAACAGGCGAACGAUGCUAAAACAAAACGGUUUUUUUUUCUAGGCAACGUAAAUGAACAGAGACAAGGCGAGAAACAAAAACAAAAUAAUUAAGUAAACCCAUUCAACUGAAAUGAAGCGCAAAAUAGUAUGCAACAGAUAAAUAAACACAAUUUAUGGUAAUAAUUGAGAGCGAAAUUAAAUUAGUGAAAUUAAACUAGCCUAGCCAAACAUCAAGAAUAACGAAAAACCAGAAAAAAGGAAAGUGUAUUUGUUGAACCAGAAAACCAAGAGACGGAGAACAACAUUAGUUAGCUAAGCGAACCAAAAUAGAGGAACAGGAAAAGCCAACAAAAAGGCAGAGGUAUAUGUGUGUGCACUGAGAGAAAGGCGGGGGAGGGAAAAUACGAUUUUGUGGUUCAAGAAGGUUUUCUUCUAGAUUUAAGACCCAUUCGGAAAUGCUUUUUAUUUUAAAUUACUUUAAAGUGAGUUUUCCAUACGAAUAAAAUAUAUUUUUUAAGGUUUCUUUCAAAUCUUAUAGCCAAAUUAAAGUUAAAAAAUCCUAUAAUCCUUUAUACAUUCAUACAAAAAAAUAUUUUUUUAGAUUUCCUAGAAGAAAGCCUUCUUAAAUGACGUACUCUUCUUCGCGAUUCUUGUUCUCCGCCUGCAUGCGUGUGUGUGUGACCGUAUGUGUGUGACUGCAAAUGAGGCAUGCAAAUUAGUGCAAAUAAACCGGGAGAGUGUGAGAGAGGGAAAGGGGGGUGGGGGAGCCCCCGCAAAAGAAGCCCCCAGGCCCUGGAAAAUCCGGAAAGCCCCCUGCCCCCUCCACGACAUCGCCUCGGGGCAAUUAGUUAGCACAAAGCUUUAGUUAUUAUGCCCAAGUGUACGUGGGCCUCGGUGUGCGUGUUGGCGCGAGCGCAUGUGGUUGCAUAGUAAAUAAUCGCCAUUAGAAAUUCAAAUUCAAUUUCGGCGCUUGCACUGCCUAAUUGGCAAAAAACGCGCCCAAGUUGCUCACGUUUCUUUCUGCGCCGCCCAAUUAACAUUUUCCCACGCUCGCCGCAACGCCCACACUCAUAAUUUAUGUUAAUUUCCACUUGCAUAAUUCACCAAAAAACCAAGGAAAAACAACAACACAAAGGGGGGGGAAGCCACCUGCCGAAUGGAAAAGAAAAGACACACCAAAAGUUUCCUUGGCCUUCGCAUUUUUGCCGCUGUUAUACUGCGAUUGCUUUAUUUGCAGCCCCGUUUAUUUGCCUUACACUUUUUAUUGCUCAUAAAAUCAAAUGAUGCCUGAUUAGGGGAGCCAGCGAAAAAACAACAGCCAAAAGGACAUCGACAGCGGGAAUUCCCCUUUUUUGCGCCAAGCAAAAAAGAAAGUUUAAAAAUGAACGCAGCCUAACAUGUUUCUGUUAGCCGAGGGAAAUUUUAACAGCCGCCAGGUGACAGAGGUUUCUUUUUCGAUGUUGCGGUUGGGAAAGGGAAAUUUUUGUAUUGAGUUAUGCAACAAAUUAAAAUAAUAGAUGCGAAUCCUAAAAACAAAAUCAAAAAUAAUUCUUUUAUAUUUGUAACCCCUUAUUUUUAAGAGUGCAAAUUAUGUCCGUUUUUGUUAAAUAAAGCUUAAGUUUAUAAUUUUUGUAUAAUUAAUAUAUUGUUCAAAAAUAGUUAUUGUUU